AUGGAGGCGAAUAAGGCGGAAGCUCUAGAACCUCCAGAACCUAAUGCGUAUAAGCUUAUUCUAGAGCCACCUCUUACCCUUUCUCCGUCGCAGGAAACAAAUGACAAUUCAAAUGGGUUGCAAUUGUUGUGUGAUUCGUCAACCUCCAAAAGCGUUAAUAUACCACAAUUGGGAAUGCUUUUUUCAUCCGAAGAAGAAGUUCAUGCUUUUUAUCAGUCAUAUGCCCAAAAUCUUGGUUUUGGUAUUAGAAAGCAGAGUUCCAAAAAAGGAGAUGACGGACAGCUAAAGUAUUUAUGUUUUGGAUGCGCCAAAGAAGGUAAGCUUGUUUCUAAAGGAAAUAAUGCUUUUAGUCAUAGACUUUCUAGUAGAACGAAUUGCAAAGCAAAGAUUAAUAUUAUAGUUAAGAACGAUGGAUUUUUUCAAAUUACAAGUAUGCAACUUGAACAUAAUCAUGCAUUAAGUCCAACAAAGUCACGACAUUUCAGAUGUUAUAAAGUGUUAGAUUCUCAAACAAAGAGAAAAUUAGAGUUGAAUGAUCAAGCUGGAAUUACUUUGAGUAAAAGUUUUAAAUCAUUUGUUGUUGAAGCUGGUGGUUUUGAAAAUUUGUCGUUUGAUGAGAGAAAAUGUCGGAACUAUGUGGUUGAGGCACGACGACUAAGACUUGGAAAUGGUGAUGCAGACGCUCUGAAUAAUUACUUUUGUCGUAUGCAAAGUAGAAAUGAAAAUUUCUUUUAUAUGAUUGAUGUAGAUGAUAUUGGUCGUAUAAAAAAUAUAUUUUGGGCUGAUGGAAGAUGUAGAGCUGCGUAUGAGUAUUUUUAUGAUGUUGUUACAUUUGAUACUACUUAUUUGACUAAUUAUUAUGAUAUGCCAUUUGCUCCGUUUGUUGGAGUAAAUCAUCAUGGUGAGUCUGUGCUGCUUGGUUGUGGUUUGAUUUCUAAAGAAGAUUCUGAAACUUUUAUUUGGUUAUUUAAAACGUGGUUGACAUGCAUGGGAGGCCGAGCUCCACAAGGUAUUAUUACUGAUCAAUGCAAAGCCAUGGAAAUUGCAAUUGGUGAAGUAUUUCCAAAUUCUCAUCACCGCUUAUGUCUUUGGCAUAUCACAAAAAAGAUUCCAGUCAAAUUUAGUAGUUAUGCUAAUUAUAAGCUCAUAAAGAAGAACUUGAAAAAUAUUGUGUACAAUUCAUUGACAGCUGAAGAAUGUGAUAGUAAGUGGAAGAGAUUUAUUGAUGAAUUUAAUUUGGAGGAAAAUGAUUGGUUGAAUUCUUUGUAUAAGAUUCGUCAUAAGUGGUUGCCGGCGUUUGUGAAAGAUAAAUUUUGGGCUGGGAUGUCAACUAGUCAAAGAAGUGAAAGUAUGAAUUCAUUUUUUGAUGAUUAUGUGCAUUCGAAGACAACAUUGAAACAAUUUGUUGAACAAUAUGAUAGUGCCAUGAAAAGCAAGAUUGAAAAGGAAACUAAUUCAGAUUUUGCGUCUUUUAAUUCUUGUUUUUCAACCAUUAGUGUUCAUCCAAUUGAGAAGCAGUUUCAAGUUGCGUACACAAAUAAGAUCUUUAAGAUGUUUCAGAAUGAAAUGAGAGGCUUGAUGUAUUGUAACACUUCAUUAGUGAAGCAAGAGGGCUCCACUUAUGUGUUUAAUGUGGUAGAAAAGGUAUUUGGGAAAGAUGAAACUAGUAAAAUAGACAUUACCUUUCAGGUACACUAUAGUGAGUCACAAUGUGAGAUGAAGUGCUUGUGUCGUCUCUUUGAGUUUCGAGGAAUCUUGUGCAGACAUUUGAUUUCCGUUUUGUUCCAUUUAGAUGUCCAUACAGUUCCUGAAAAGUAUAUUUUAGAUCGAUGGAGGAAAAACAUCAAGCGUAGGUAUCAAGGAAUGACCAAUAUUUAUGAUGACUCAUGUUGUAAUAAGGGAGAAAGACAAAGAAAAAACAAUCUUCAACUAUUGUUAUAUGAAGUCUUAGAUCUUGGGUCAAAAGAUGACAAGAGUUACUUUGUUGUAACACAAACAUUGGAAGAAUUAAAACAGAGGCUAAUGGAUAAUAAUCUUAUUGUAUCGUUGGAUGAUGAUCAAAGUUACAACAUAGCACAUAUGGAGGCAAUGGCUGGGAAGAAGAAAUUACAUAGUCCAAUGAAAGUAAGGUCUCGUGGACGUCCACCAACAAAAAGAAAACAGUCAAAAGUUGAGGAAAUUAUAGCAAUAGUUGGCCGACCAAAUGUUGGACAUUCUAGUGUUUUGAACGCUUUGGAGCAAAGGUUAUUUAUGAGUGGUGCUUGA